UCAAUUUGACAGCCGUUAAAUGUCAAAUCAAAAUUUUUAACGGUUCCCGGCAAAACACCUAUAUUAAAACCCAGCAAAAAUCUGUAAAUUAUAAGUUUCUAAAAAGUGCUAAAAUCACAAGAAGCUACAUCAACUGGAUCCACGAAAUUACUAAUAAAUUUUCAUUAUGCUGUAAGACUAAAAAACUACCAAAAAUGAAUCCUAACCUAAGACCACAACAACAAAGUUUCACCUAUAAGGACUUGCUUUUAUGGAAAUUAAACUACGUAGUUUUCUCCAGCGUCGCCUCACAGUUGUUCAUCCUGGUUUUCUACGUGUUCCUGAUCAAAGCCGACCCGUUACAUCCAUUACAAUGGUGCUUAGCCACUCUAGCGACCAUGACAUCUUUCAGCACAUGGAUUUAUAUGAUACCAUUUCUGAUAAUUAUUUUUGGGCAAACGUUGAUAUGUGCCAAAGCCUAUGUACUUAAAUCGUCGUAUUGCUCUACCAGAUUUCAAAAAUUUGUGGCCACUUUCUCUGCACACAAUUUGGUUUUGACCUUCUUGCAUGUUACUGUUGGUGCGACACUUAUAUGGCUCUUCUUAUCUGUGUCUGGGGGCCAAUACCAGAAUUUGACUGAAGUAUGUAAAGGUCAAGUGUAUUGCUUGAAUGAGGGAACAUACUUUUUGAUUUUAAGUGGAUUUUGGACAGGAUUUUAUUAUUUUGUUAAGGUGUAUAUUGCAGAAAAAAAUCUGUCAUUUCCAGUAGUGUUUCAAAGGAAAUUUUUACACUUUAAAUCUCAAUUAGGAUCAAUAAUAAACAAAUCUGUUAGGCAAUCGUUUUGGCCUUCAUUCUACUUUAGUGUUAUAUAUUAUUUUUAUGGAGAAACUUUUAGAGUUGGAUUUAGCAAUAUGUUCGGCCUGAUACAACAUGAAGUUGACCCGACAUUUUUUAUCUAUUUUCAUCUCUGGUUCUUUACUGCUUUGUACUAUUUUAACAUGAAUUUGAUGAGGUUCUACUUCAACUUGUUCCUCACAGAACCUGUACAGUUUCCCCUAUUCAAAAACCAAAUGGGAAAUUUACAAUUGCAGGAAAGCAUUAACAACUAUGACUACCCAAUUGUGCAGAAUUUAGCUUGUUUGGAUCUGUAUUUGUUAGCGCAAUGGCAGCCUGAUAGGAGACAAGUUUUUUAUACUUUGUCAAAUCCUGGACAACACCCACACAACUGGAACUCACUUGUGGAAAAUGUGCUAAAGUUGUUGAAUGAAUACACUGAGCUGCUAAAUAAAACCAUUGAUUUGCCUGAACCUGUAAAGCCUAAACAGAUUGUACAAGCACCUAGUAUCCAGGGACCUGAUCGCUUUAGAAAUCUAAGAAACAUGGCUCUUGUCGAUAGAGAUGACUGUUACAAUUAUGUGAAUGUUCAAAAAAACCCUGCUGUAGAGUUCAAUUUACACAAUAACUUAUCAGAUUUCCUGACAGAAAAACUCACCAAACUGUGGAAUUUUAUAAAAUUAAUAUUAGGAAUAAAUUUUUUGUUUGGGGAGUUACCCCAAGCUAAUGUACGUAAAUGUUUAGCAAAUGGAAACCUGAUCAUUUGGGCUUCUCAAGGAAUUGCCGAUAUAACAGCAGCCUCAUUAGAAGAAGACAAAUAUGGAAUUGUCCAGAAGGAUCUUCCCAUUAUCAUAUCUGGCCUUGUCAAUUUAAAGCAAAGCCUCGACAAACUAAAUAAAAUACCAGCGCUUACAAGAAAAAUGGUGGGGUAUGACGAUUUUAAUUAUAAAAUGAAAGCGGCAGUCACUGCCGCCGUAAAACGGAGUCUGUUUAAAAUAUGUAUCAAGUUCGGAGAUUAUAUGAAUGAUAUACCACUUAGCAAAGAAAUAUCUCAGUACCUUCAGGUACAUAUUAUUUGUAAGAGUUAACAUUUUUAUUAUUAGUUCUUUUUUUAAUAUAUUCUUUUUGUAUGAGUGCAUGAUGGGUUUGUUUAUGUAAAUAAAAGUGAUUUUUAAAAAUUUU